UGCAUUUAACCUCCAAAUAUUUAGUGAAUGUAUACAGGUUGUACACAGUAAUCCAUAUUUGUGUAAUUGUGUUUAAUGGGGGUAAUCACUAAUAAAUCAUUCAAUAUAAGGAAAGUGAAUGAUAUGUGUGAAUGUACAUUCAUUCUUUUGGGGAAGUAUCAUUAGUGAAUGUAUUUAAGUCCUUGAUUUUGGGUUUAUGGAAACUUGAUUUCUGCAAUCUCUGAUAUCUGCUACUCCCCCUUAUUCCCCCCUCUCUCAUUCAGUGAGAAGGGAGAUUACGGUUCCUGCAAAAAUCUAAGAAAAAACUGUGCUUCUUUGGGGGGCAGAAAUCAGAGAAGGCAGCCUCUCCAAUCCAAGAUAAUAGGUAAUCAAAAUCUAAUUUGUCCUUCUUUUCCCCUUCAUUCCAUGCCUGUGCGUUUAUAUUACGAGUUCGGUGAUGAUUCUGAUGAUUAUAUUAGAGGUCUUUUUCAUAUCAUAAAAUGAUUGAUUUCUGGCUGUGAAGUCCCAGCACUGCAUUUUUAUCUUAUCCUUUGGCUAUUGCCAUGAACAUUGUUUUGUCUGGAGCAUAGGGGUACAAACUUUUAAAAAAAAACUACCAAGGGUGACUCAAAUCGUAAGGUAUGAGGUUGGUAAUGGUAUGUUCUCGACGACUUUGAGCUGUUCUUCCUACAAAAAGUUGUUCAUGAUAAUAAUAAUAAUGUGUGAAAGCAUUGGCAAUUUCCAAGCAAGUAUAGUAGGGAAUGUUGGCCAUUUCUUCAUGGCACUGCACUGUUUCAACACUCCCUUAGUUAUAUCCCCCAACAUUUCUUGGACUUACUGUAGGUCUUGGUGCAGGAUUUGGGUUGCUGUUCAAUCCGAUGUUGAUGCAUUAUUUUCUCUAUAUUCACAUUCGGGUCGUUCGGUAGAUGCGUAUCUAUUUGUUAUCUCGUGAAUCCUGAUCAUAUAUCUUCACACUGUGUUUUUUUUUUUUUUUUUUUUUUUUGAAUAAGUCUGAAUACAAGUCCUGCUGGCUUGCCUAUGUUGGUGUUGGCAUAUACUGUCUGAAAGCUCAGUUUUUGGAGCCUAGCUAGAUCAUUAGAUAGACAUUGGAAUGAGUCAUCUUCUGUUGUGUGAUAUAAUAUGCUGCUCAUAAACUGAAUGAAAAUCACAGGGUAGUGAUUGAAAAUAUGAGGAAGAAGAAUGUGUCCUUGUUGAAGUCUGGAAUCCAAAUGAUUGGCUCAUUCUGCAGCAGAACCAGAAGUGACAUGCUGAAGAAGGAUCAAGAGGAGACGGACAUGUAUUUGUUUGAUGAUGAUCAUGACGAUGACGGAGAUUCGUGUUUAUGGUUGUCUUCAUCAGCAUCUCCUUCAUCGUUCUUCGACGAGGGAUCAUCCUGCUGCUCAUCGUUCGUGCUCGAAGAAUCCGCCAUCUCUUCUGAGAUCAGCAGUUCAUCAUCGAGGGAGGUUGUGGUCGAUCUUGCUUCUUGGGUAUCGGAGUUAGAGGAGGAGGAUGCGACUUUCUUGGCUGAUUUGGAUUUGGAGUACUGCUGCAUCCCAUCUAAUUUCCCAAGCCCAUCUUUCAGUACUUGUUGUUCAAGUCAUAGAGAGGCAGGGGUGAUGGAGGAAGCUUCGGAACUAGAGCAACUCGAUGAUGAUGAUGAUGAUGAUGAUGAAGAUGAGCAGGCUUUAUUCUGGCCAUUCGACGAGGGGAAGCUCAGAUGGAAUCGUGAUGAAACAUGGAUUAGCUUCACCAUGUCCCCUCGAAAGGACAUCCACUAUUCAAGUGAACAAGCUACCGCACCUUCCAAAUGUCUAGAAUCAAAACAGAAGACACAUGAUCAUCACCGUACGAUGAGGAUUCUUCCGAAAUUGAAACGAAUCAGCAGCCUGCUACCGCGGAUGCGAAUGUCCAGUACUUCAGAUUCAAAGCCAGCUGCUGCAACAAGAAGGGCAGCAGCAGCUGCUGCUAAUAAGGUAAUGUUACCAUCAAAGUUGGUAAAGGCUUCAGAAUCAAGUAGUUUUAGUACAAAGGCUUUGGUGAAAGUUGUGCCAUUGGAGGUCAAGAUUGCCAAGAACAGAAUGGAUCAUGGUGCAACUGAUGAGGCAUGUUUGUUUGGUUCGAUAAUCGGUAGAGAUGAAGUCCCCAUUGAGAAGGUAAUGGGGCUCGAAGAGUUUGAUGGGCAUGAAGGCAUGGAUUCAUCACAACUUGAUGAUGAUCUCAUUAAUGGAGAUGAUAGUCUUUUCUCAUUGGCGGAUUGAAGAACAACUCUUUUUGGGAGGCCAAAUGUCAUAUGUUUGUCCAUAUAGAAAUUUGUUUUGUAGAUUAGUGCUGCCAGUUGAGUGGAAUACGAGGGAAGACAUAGUUGGAUACGGUUUAGUCCGAUAUGGUACAAAAUUUAAAUUUGGUUUCUUACUCUCGAGUAUAUAAUGAAAAUUUUACAAUACAUUUUUCGGUUACAUUACACGGUUUGAUGUUGGACUUGGAGUUUACUAACAUUGCUUUUAGUUAGUUCAUCUAAAACAUGAAGACACAUUGAUUAACUCGGCUGUACAUCAUGGGUCUAUAAAAAGCAAUGGAGCAUCGAAUUCAGAUCUCGUCCUUACCCUACACAAUCUAAUCAAAAUUGAGCUUAGUUUGCUAGAGUGAGAUUAGAGAGGAGAAUGAAUGAGACGGAAUUUUGUUUUUAAUUGGUUAUAGACAUGAUGAUAAUUAAUCAACAUUGUGAUUAAAAACAUUAAAGCUCUUCAUGGUUGGAUUUCCUGCCCUUAACCUUGUUAGUCGUCAUUUGCACGGUGGUCUCAACAACCUUAGCAGCGGCUUCGGCAGUUUCUUUGGCAGCUUGCUCGCCGACUUCUACGCUUUUCUCUGCUUCUCUCCCAACUUUUGGGUCAUCACUUCUGAAACUAAUCAAUCAACCCAAAAAAAGAACCAACAAUGGAACUACGAACAUGAUGAACAGCGGAGUGAUAGACACUCAUAUUUGGAUUCGAAUCUCAAAUUUGAGAAAUUUUUUGUCCCAAAUUCGUCGAAGUUAUUAGUAAAACGAAUCAGAAUUAGGUCGAAUUCGCAUUAAUUUCAUUUUUCAAUAUGAUCUUUAACAACAUAUGACCAGAUUCUUCGAAUAGCUUUCACAAUUGCAACCACAAGAAACCUCAAUGCCUUAGCUUGUUGAUCAUCAAAUAAAUUACAAGAAUGUCCAAUCUCCUUCAAAAGUCAAAUUCGGUUUUCGCUAUAACCAAUGCAGUCAAAAGCGCGAUUCUACCUAGAAGCGGAAAAUUGGUAAAAUCGUAAAGCGUAGAAUCAAAUCGUAAAAACGUAAGUUUUUUACGCAUACUUUAAUAUAACGAAAAAUGUGUUAAGUACGAUAAAAUAUGAGUGGACAUAGUUUAGAUAAGUUAAUAAAUACUUGUAAUUCAUGUCUAAAGUUGAGAAACUCAUAACAUUUUAACAAUAAGUUCAUAAACAUAUAUCUUAACAAUAAGCUACAUUCCCCUUUAUGCUAGUGAAUUUGGGAAGGGCCUAGCUGGUGAAUUAGAUUACUCUAUUGAAACUAAGAAUGCACCCCAAGUACUUGAUAUGUAUCUUUUAAUCUCAAAUAUAUCAUAUUUUUUGUGAUUUGCCUUUAAAAUAUAAGUAUUUUCAUGAAUAGAAUACUCCUUUAGUGAACUAGAAGCGUAAAAGCGUAAAGCGAUUUAGUGAACCAGAAGCGUAAAAGCGUAAGCUUUUAAGCUUUAAAGCGCAUUUUAGUCCCGAUUUUAUACCCUUAAGAUUUUAUAUGGAAACGAAAGCGUUUUGGUGUCCUAGAAGCGUAAAACCGUAAGUUUUUAAGUUUUAAAACGCGAUUUUGACUACAUUGGCUAUAACAUUCACUUCACAAUGCCAUCUUUGUCAACGAAGCCUUUAGUUGUUGUUGUUGGCUACUAACAUCUCCAUUGCAAGGAAUGGUGAUGAGAUUAAUCAUGAAAAUAACAAUUAUGGAAUAGGUCAUUAAUAGAGAAGAAGAAGAUUGAGAUAAUGAUGUGGCUCUUCUGUCUUCUCCUAGUGUCAUUAGAUGGUGAGGAUAUUGAUCUCAUUGUGACACUAAUUUCACAAUUUUCAUUAUCUAAACCCAUUCUUUUACCCAAAUUAUGAAUUGAGUAAUUAGUAAUGGAGUUCUUAUCUUACAAUGACUUUUGUGUAGUGGGGUUCAAUAAAAUUUUAAGCUUUUGAUUUGGAGAGGGAUUUAGGUAAAAUAUUUGGGGAUCAUAGUGAUUAAAGAAAAGAGUUGAAAGGAAGUACGUGGGUAUGGUAAUUUUGUAAAAUACUAGGUUUUGAAUCUUCCACUUUUGUGUGCAUAUAUAUGGUUCUAUUUUUUUCAGAUUUGAAUGUUUCAAAGGUAGUUGAGAAGAUUAUAUGUGACAAGAAGACCCCUUAACAAAGCCUCACCUUCUAUCAAAGCUUGGUGUCCAAAACCUGUAUCAAUCCGAUCAGACAGGAUUUUGUUUAAGGUGGAUCCUAUGUAAAAAAUAUAUACUAUAAUUUUUAUUACUUUCUAUAAUAUGACUUGGUUCAUAUUCUAAAACAUUUUGCAUUACUCAUUUGACAUUGAAAUAUAUUCGUGCACUUCUUGAUAAUAAGAAAAUCAUUUGAGUUUGAAUUAUACCGCAUCAUCCCAAUAUCGUUUUUUUUUUUUUUACUGCCACCGAAUUGUUUAAAUAUGUAAAAGCAUAUUGUUUAGGUAGAAUAUAUAUAUUGCACCAGUCGGUCAUAUAUGCAACUCAACUAAAACAAAUUUGAAAUUCGAUACUCGUUGCUUAAUUUAAUCAAAGACACAUCUUUCUUUCAUACCAUCCUAAGUCACUAAGUCGACUUCUGAUCAUAACCCAAAGUCCACUCAAACAAACAAAUUAAAGUAAGUCAACAACUCAUACAGUAGCUUAAACCACCACCCCUCUCCUACCUUCCCCACAACAAAAGUCAUAACCUAAAACUAAAUGGUUGUAAAAUAGUCAACUGGCGGGUUUGGUUCGGAUUUUCCUAAUUCAUCGUCAUCCUCAUUUUCGAAUAAGGAAAUUCAUGUCCGUCUCAUGUCUAUACGGGAAGCUUUUGCAACUACAUUUCCAUACCCUUGGUUUUCUAGUACCCCCUGGUUAUUAUACUCGUUCCGUAUAUCCGAUAUGACUAUAUGUAUUUAUUUCAACAUGUUGAUCUUCAAUUAUAACACAACACCGAGCUGAUAAAUCAUGAAAUCAACAAAAGAUACAACUAUUUUCAAUACAAAUUCAAAGGAUCCAAUCCUAAAAUAUCCAUUAAUUCGUAUGACAAAGUACAAAUACUAUCUAUCUCAGACUUCGACAUGUCUACUAAGUAAUACCGUUGCAGGUCAGAUCACAAAAUAAAAGGGGAAAACGUUGAUCCACAAGUGUACAAACCAACAAACUGAGAGGUUUUUUUUUUUUCCUUCUUUUCUUUUUGCAAACAACACAUUUGGGUAAAUUAUUUAAUUAAUAAUCAUGCUUAAAACAAUUGGAAAAGCAGACACUUCACUUGUACACGCGUCAUAAAACUAUCGGUUUUAU